GUCUGGUGUUCGGACGAAGCACUACCUGGAGCCCGAGUUCCGGCACCUGGCUGCGAAAGUCGGGCUUCAGGUUGAGAUGUGCGAGCGUGUGGAGUACAGCUGGAGAUCGGAGCUGGGCCUGUCUUCUGACUGCCAGGUGCCCCCGAGACUGCAAGACUCGCCGCUGCCCUGGGACUGGCUGUUCCUCCUCCAACGCCCGGGCUCCGAGGAGACGAAACGACAGGGAUCGAACCCGGCCCUGAUCCAGUCAGAAUCGGAAACUCGGCUUCCCACGCUCUUCCAAAACAAGGCAACGCCAUCUCGGGGUGCAGACUCCUCACAAGAGCUUUCCGCGAAGCCAACCGACAGCCAGAAGUCUCUGUUCAACCUCAUACGAGGCGCCGGCUCUGUCUCACAGUGCGACCUCUGA